AUGCCACGAAAGAGAAGUUCAAGAACCGCAGCCAACGAUGAUGAUGAUGAUUGGCACCACAUCUCCGAUCAGACAUUGCGAAAGCGCAUACAGAAUCGAGUAGCUCAACGGAAACAUCAAUUCCCAGACGAAAUGAACUUGUGGUCCUACCCUCCAGAGCUUGUAUUGAACGGCCCAUUCCCCUGUACAUCUGGCCAUUCAUCGGAUGGAGUAUCUGAUACGUUCAUGUCAGCGACCCUGAACGAUGUCGACUUGAAUAUGGCCUCUAAUACUACAUCUCUUUCUCGGCACCCUGCAGCUCAGAUGGUCCAGAGUGGCGAUGGCAGCCUUUUGCGCAGACCGGAUGCUAUGCCUUGGUCGGCCGGCAGUGACCAAGAAGUACCUCGAAACAGCAAACCUUCGAAUCUAGGAAAUCUCAACUUCAUAGAACAAAGCUUGGUUGACACUACUACUGCGGCUAAAGGGACACCUCAGAGCUAUCGUUCCAAUUCAUGCAGCGACACGGCCGGUUCGAGUCGAGGUAUUGUUUCGCAAAAGCAACGGGCAGAUUACUUCAACACGCCCUUGUCAGCCAUUUUCGAUUUCCACUAUGGUCGGAAUUCGAAUAGCUCGACUCAAGACAGCCGACGCGAAUCAUCGACGGAAGAUCGAUCGUUGGACUCGCCAACGGCUCAGAUGAACAACAAAGAUUCACGAAAGGACAACAGUAGCACUGACUCAUUAAGAUGUGUUGCCACACGAAUCGAGAAGGCGAUUGAGAAUAUUCGCGAGCUGGGUUUUGACAGCAUCGAUGAACUCGCAACACAAUACUACACUGCGGAUCUUCAACAUCGACCUGCCCUUCAGCAUAGACGUCAGCUAUCCCGUCGGCGAGGUCUAGUCGAUCUCCUGCGCGCGAUUGACGAAGACUCUAGAGACAAAUGGACGGAGUGGGAGGUACAACGUUAUCGUGAUGAGGUUCUGCGAUCAGCAGAGGAGAUCCUGGACGAAGAGUUCUCUCGAUUCGUCAAGCUUUACGGAAACGGCAAGAACACGGAGGGGAAUCUGGCAGAACAGAGACGCCGGUUUCAAGACAAGUUACCAAACCUUUCAAGUCUACUCAACGUGCUUGGCAUGUCCGUUCAACCCCAAGGAAACGCAGACCGGACCGCAGCCACAGUGUGUGCAAUCAGUGUACUAUUGGAUAGUCUCGGCGUUUCAAGUCCAAACCAAUGA